GUGGCAGGGCUUACUCGCGGGCUGCGUGGGGCUCACCGAGCCCGGGAGUGCGGGUUUAGGGAAGUGGAAACGCGCAGUCUUAGGGCGGGGGCGGUCGGGUGCAGGAGAUGGCGGCGCGAUGGAGCAGCGAGAACGUGGUGGUGGAGUUCCGCGACUCCCAGGCAACUGCAAUGUCUGUGGACCGUCUUGGGCAGCAUGCUGUGCUUUCCGGCCGCCGAUUCUUAUACAUCGUUAAUCUAGAUGCCCCUUUCGAAGGUCACCGAAAGAUCUCUCGCCAGAGCAAAUGGGACAUUGGAGCUGUGCAGUGGAACCCUCAUGACAGCCUCGCACACUAUUUUGCAGCUUCGAGUAACCAGCGGGUCGACCUUUAUAAGUGGAAAGAUGGCAGCGGGGAAGUUGGCACAACCUUACAAGGCCACACUCGGGUCAUCAGCGACUUGGACUGGGCCGUGUUUGAGCCAGAUCUCCUGGUUACCAGCUCCGUGGACACCUACAUCUACAUUUGGGAUAUCAAAGACACAAGGAAGCCCACAGUUGCGCUGUCCGCUGUAGCCGGUGCCUCACAGGUCAAAUGGAAUAAAAAGAAUGCUAAUUGCCUUGCCACCAGUCAUGAUGGGGAUGUGCGGAUAUGGGACAAACGGAAACCCAGCACGGCAGUGGAGUAUCUCGCAGCCCACCUCUCCAAAAUCCACGGCCUGGACUGGCACCCAGACAUUGAGCACGUUCUUGCUACCUCCAGUCAGGACAACUCUGUCAAGUUCUGGGAUUACCGCCAGCCUCGGAAAUACCUCAGUAUUCUCCCUUGCCAGGUGCCUGUCUGGAAGGCCAGAUACACUCCUUUCAGCAAUGGACUGGUGACUGUGAUGGUCCCCCAGCUGCGGAGGGAAAAUAGUCUCCUCUUGUGGAACGUCUUUGACUUGAACACCCCAGUCCACACGUUUGUGGGCCACGAUGAUGUGGUGCUGGAGUUCCAGUGGAGGAAACAGAAGGAGGGGUCCAAGGACUACCAACUGGUUACGUGGUCACGGGAUCAGACCUUGAGAAUGUGGCGAGUGGAUUCCCAGAUGCAGAGGCUUUGUGCAAACGACAUAUUAGAUGGUGUCGAUGAGUUCAUUGAGAGCAUUUCUCUUCUGCCGGAACCAGAGAAGACCCUUCACACUCAAGAUACAGAUCACCAGCACAACUUGAGCCACGGGGAGGAAGAAGUCUUAAAGGAAGACCCCCCGAGCAGUAUCCUGGAAGAGAAUAAAUCGGAGCAGCCAGGGCUGCCUCAGACUCUGCAGCAAGAGUUCUCGCUGAUCAACGUGCAGAUCCGGAACGUCAACGUGGAGAUGGACGCGGCGGACAGGAGCUGCACAGUAUCCGUGCAUUGCAGUGGUCACCGUGUCAAGAUGCUGGUGAAGUUCCCUGCGCAGUACCCCAACAACGCUGCCCCUUCCUUCCAGUUUGUCAACCCCACAACCAUCACAUCCACGAUGAAAGCGAAGCUGCUAAAGAUCCUGAAAGACACUUCCCUGCAAAAAGUGAAACGAAACCAGAGUUGUUUGGAGCCCUGCCUGCGCCAGCUCGUCUCCUGCCUUGAGUCUUUCGUGAACCAAGAAGACAGCACUUCCAGCAACCCCUUUGCACUCCCGAACUCUGUCACUCCGCCCUUACCAACGUUUGCCCGAGUGACCACUGCCUAUGGGUCAUACCAGGAUGCCAAUAUUCCCUUCCCUAGAACCUCGGGGGCCAGGUUCUGCGGAGCAGGGUAUCUGGUGUAUUUCACAAGGCCGAUGACGAUGCAUCGAGCAGUGUCUCCGACAGAACCUACUCCAAGGUCUCUGUCAGCUUUGUCUGCUUAUCAUACUGGCUUGAUUGCUCCCAUGAAGAUCCGCACGGAGGCCCCUGGGAACCUUCGUUUGUACAGCGGGAGCCCCACUCGCAGUGAGAAGGAGCAAGUCUCCAUCAGCUCCUUCUACUAUAAGGAGCGGAUGUCUCCUCGCUCUGCCCGGCGACGUUGGUCCAUACAAGCAAUUAACGACUUCCCGAAAUCCAGGAGAUGGAAAAGCAAGCGUGAGGGAUCGGACUCCGGCAAUCGACCGAUCAAGGCUGCUGGGAAAGUUAUCAUCCAGGACACUGCAUGCCUUCUUCCUGUUCACAAAUCACUGGGAGAACUGUACAUAUUGAACGUGAAUGAUAUUCAAGAAACAUGCCAGAAGAAUGCCACUUCUGCCUUGCUUGUUGGAAGGAAGGACCUUGUCCAGGUUUGGUCGCUGGCUACAGUCGCUACAGAUCUUUGCCUUGGUCCCAAGUCUGACCCGGAUUUGGAAACACCCUGGGCUCGACAUCCAUUUGGGCGACAGCUGCUGGAGUCCCUGUUGGCUCACUACUGCCGACUCCGGGACGUCCAGACACUGGCCAUGCUCUGCAGCGUGUUUGAAGCCCAGUCUCGGCCUCAGGGAAUACCAAACCCCUUCGGACCCUUUCCCGGCCGGUCCUCUAACCCUGUGGUGUCCCACAGCCGAUAUCCCAGCUUUACUUCCUCGGGCUCCUGCUCAAGCAUGUCAGACCCAGGGCUCAACACUGGUGGCUGGAACAUAGCGGGAAGAGAGGCAGAACAUGUCUCCUCACCUUGGGGAGAGUCUUCUCCAGAAGAAAUCCGCUUUGGGAGUCUUACCUACAGUGAUCCCCGUGAGCGAGAACGUGAUCAGCAUGAUAAAAAUAAAAGGCUUCUGGACCCCGCCAAUACCCAGCAAUUUGAUGACUUUAAGAAAUGCUAUGGAGAAAUCCUCUAUCGCUGGGGUCUGAGAGAGAAACGAGCUGAGGUGCUGAAGUUUGUCUCCUGUCCUCCUGAUCCUCACAAAGGGAUUGGUUCCUUGUGCAGAACUAACGCUCCGUGUGUCUUGUUUGGCCCUCUCCAACCGCCUGCAGAGUUUGGCGUGUACUGUAGCCACUGUCGGAACGAGGUCCGUGGCGCGCAGUGUGCCGUCUGCAAAGGCUUCACGUUCCAGUGUGCCAUCUGCCACGUGGCCGUACGCGGGUCGUCCAAUUUCUGCCUGACCUGCGGGCAUGGUGGGCACACCAGCCACAUGAUGGAGUGGUUUCGGACCCAGGAGGUGUGUCCCACCGGGUGUGGAUGUCACUGCCUGCUUGAAAGCACAUUCUGAACUCACAGACCAUGGGAGUUGUCGCAGAUCCCAUAGGAUUCCAUACGUGUUGGAUGACAAGGUCUCCCACCAGGAGGGAGGCUCCAGAAAGCCAUUCUUGAAUAAACUGGAACGUGUUCCCCUCAAAGACUGCCACCGCACCAGCUGUUGAUGAGCUUUUGCUUCUCUUCUUUUUGGCUCUUGAUGGCGUGGAUGUCACCGGGAAGGAGGAGGGCAGACGUGCAGAGCCACGUAGCCAGGUGGAAAUCUUCUUGAAGAAAAGCACCUGCCUCCAGAGCCGUAUUUACCUUCAAGGUGUUAACCUUAAACCACUGAACAGCAUCCUUUCUGAUGCCAUUUCAGACCAAGGUCGGAUACAAAGGACAGUCUCCUGAGCCGAAGGACAAUGGACGUUAACUUAGUUGAUAAGUAGGUCUAUGAUAUAAGUUGGUACAUUUAAAUGAACUGAUGGAUAGUGGCCUUUUAAAAAUGAUAUUUAAAGUAUAAAUACAUGAUGUACUUAAGGACUCUAAAGAUGUAUCUUAUGUUUUUUAUUUCUCUUCAAGCUGCUGUCCCUUGGCUAAUAAAAGUCAGGUAAUUGUUUGGAAAAAAAAAAGAGAAGGUUGAA